CUGCAAUCUCGCACACUGCAGCGCAGCAACAGCGACAAAUGAAAGCGUGACGUGAUCCGUAGCGCGCGUCGUUUCUGCCACACGUCGCGAGGAAGAGAUAAUGUCGUCGCUCGAGGAGAUCUCAGGCCAUUCGUAGGAGAAAGAGAGGAACGCCCUACAUCGAUCUUAGACUACGUCCUUUCGUACGCAUCAACCCCCGAGAUCGAGAAAUGGAAGCGGAUUAUCAGCCAACGCCACUGACCCCAUCGCGGACGCUGACAGGGAUGGGCACCGACUGUGAAGAUCCUUACCCUAGUUUGUCUGAUUAUCACGAUUACGAGCCGAAUUUGGAAUUUGAUGAUACGGAAUUGCAAACUACCUCCAACAAUGCUACACGCCUCCUGGAAGACAAAUUGGAUUUGGUGAAUACUACUGCUGGCACUGGAGGAAUAGAUUAUUUGGAAAGCCCAGUAAGCGACGGCACGAUUGAGGAAAACUUUGAGGAAGCUUUGGUAGAUGCUCCAGUUAUCGAAUCUGCCGAAGACUUAGCUGCUUUGGACGGAGAACUUGCCGACGAGGAGGAUUAUUUCGACAUAUCCAAAUAUGGUAUUGUGGAAGUAGUUGGGGAUGAUAGUGCUGGUCGCAAAAUAAUUGUUGUGUCAGCCUGUAAAUUGCCUUCCAUAGGGAAGGAGGUCUUCAAUCACGCUAAACUUCUUAGGUAUCUUAUGCAUACUUUAGACACAUUUGUAGAACAAGAUUAUAGUCUCGUUUAUUUUCAUUACGGCCUUACAUCAAAAAAUAAACCAUCAUUAUCCUGGCUAUGGCAGGCGUACAAAGCGUUUGACAGGAAAUAUAAAAAGAAUUUGAAAGCCCUUUACCUAGUACAUCCCACAAACUUUAUUAGGUUUGUGUGGCAAAUAUUUAAGCCGGCUAUUAGUGUCAAAUUCGGACGGAAGAUAAUGUACGUUAAUUACCUGGAAGAUUUAGCGCACUAUAUUAAGUUGGAUCAAUUAAUUAUACCUCCCCAAGUGAUAGAACAUAAUAAUCAACUACUGAUGAAGAAUAAGAAAUAUUUGCCGGUAAGUCCGCCACAAAGCGCGGUGGUUACACCGGUUGGUACGACUCAAUUUGGUACUAGUUUGCAAUUUAUAAAGGAAAAUAAUAACGGCGACCCGAUCCCACCUAUUCUAAGGCAAUGCGUGGAAUUUCUCGAUACGCCAGACGCUCUGGAAACGGAAGGGAUAUUCAGAAGAUCGGCCAACGUGGCAGUGAUCAAGGAACUUCAAAAUCGUUGCAAUCAAGGUUUACCCGUCGAUUUCCACGGGGAUCCGCAUAUUGCCGCGGUUUUACUUAAGACUUUUCUUCGUGAACUGGAUGAACCUCUUAUGACAUACGAACUGUAUGAUGAAAUCACGCAAUUUCAAACGUUAUCGAAAGACGAACGUCCGCGUAAAGUUAAAAUAUUAAUAUUGGAAAAACUACCUGAGGAUAAUUAUCAAGUCCUUAAAUACGUUGUACAAUUUUUAUCGAGGGUAAUGGACCGAUGUGACCUAAACAAGAUGACUUCGAGUAAUCUGGCGGUCGUAUUUGGACCGAAUCUAGUUAGAGCCCCGCCAACAUGUGGAAUGUCCCUCACUGCGAUAGGAUUUAUCAAUCAAUUCGUAGACUUUUUAUUUACUUAUCAAGAUAAGAUUUUCAUUAUUUAAAAGCGUCGAAGGCCUAAUUGUAAUACAUCCGAUUGUUCACAUGAUCACACAUACAACGUCCGCACUUUCGUUUUAUUAAAAUAUUUUUAUAUCCAAUGUGAGGUAUAAGAGAAUAUAUACAGAAAAACAGUUAAUGUUCGUUUACACGCAAUUUUGCACAAGAUUUUUUAAUAUGAGUACAAUGUUUUUGAACGAAAGAGUAGAACGUUCGAAAAAGAUAUCGGUUGUGCGAUGAUGAAAUGCCAGCCAACAUGUGUAUAUCUAGAGAAAAAUUACGACCAAAUACCAAAGAUACAUGAGAACGUCACGCAGUGAAUAUAAUAUGUAAGAUUGUCUAGAAAUAUUAGCAUUUAUAUAGUCUUAUUUAACAAAGCGUAGAAAAUAAUAUAUUCAAGAGUGAAAAAAAAAUAUUCAGCUGAAUGCUGUUGAGAUCAUGAGAUCGCGAAUCGUAAUUAAUCCCGACUUUUGCUUUAAUUAAUCUUUUUUAAU